AUGGUGAAAACAUACUAUCCUGACGGAUUCCGUAAACGAGCUGGAUGUGUUUGCUUUCGCGAUGAUACCGAACGUGAGAUAUUACUUGUUAGCAGUAUAAAGUCCCCUAACAGUUGGACAAUUCCUUCCGGAAGUGUGGAACCUAAGGAAGAAUUUCAUCAAGCUGCCGUUCGGGAAGUCGUAGAGGAGGCUGGUGUUAAAGGAGUAUUAGGACGAUGUAUUGGAGUAUUUGAUUAUACAGAGAAGAAACGACGGACAACUCUCUACGCUCUUUUGGUAACUGAAAUGUUCGACGAAUGGAAAGAUAUGGAUCGAGGAAGGAAAAGAAAAUGGUUUAUAAAGAGUAACAUCCUGCCCAAUCUCAAACCUAAUGAGCGUGGAUGGAUGUGCCGCGCUUUACAAAUAGACCAAUAA